ACAAUUCUGAAUGUGUACUUGAACCACUAGCGGCAUGUACAUAUAACCUCUCAAACUGCAUUAACAAAAUUUUAACUCAACUGGAUGCCUUCCCGUAGCCAUUUGGAACGCGUUCUAAACAAUAAAACAGUACAAGACCUCCUCAGACGCUUGCUGGCCGACGAGCCGUCGAGCGGUAUCACAAGGUCGGAAUAGAGGAGAGGAUUCUAAACCUUGAAUCUGGAAGGGGGGUUACCUACCCCCUUCCAGAUGUAAACUGCUGCAAAAACACAGCAUUUCGCCCUCCGCUAUCUCUCUGUUGGCCCUCACGACUCGGCGGCUCCUCUUAUGGUAAGAUCACUUGCUGACUCACCGGUUUGCAACAAUCUACAACUCCGUCAAUUCUCAUGAUACGGUUUAGCAAAUCUUGCAGACUCAAUGCAGUGCAUCUGUUUGAAGUCUGCUUUGCACCUAAAACUCACCAUAAAUGCUACGGGAAGGCAUCCACUGUCUAUACUUCAGCUGGAUGUUCUGGCUUGGAUAUGCGGAACAUACCUAUUGAACUUGUUGCAGAGAUAUUAUCUGACGCUCAGUAUGACGAUUGCCUACCAUCUUACAAGUGGUUGCGAAACUAUGCAUUAGUCUGUCGAGCAUGGUGUCCCUAUGCUCAGGCUCUACUGUUUCGCCGGGUCGUUCUAUUGAAUGGAUCAAAGCAAUGUGAGAGGCUCACUGCUACGCUAUCCGGUCGAUACGGGAAGGAUAUAGAACAUACAGCCUUCCUUGGCCGAUGUGUCAGAACGUUAAUCCUGGGCAUGGACCAUCAGGAGGUUUACAUCGACGCCAUACUCCUAUGUCCGAAUCUUGUUGAACUGGACGUGAAGUUGUUUCAUGCAAUGUUCAGAGUUGACUCCCUCCGUCGGCUGAAACAGGCAGCUAAGUUCGAAGCACUCCACAUCCGUUCGACAUUUUACAGACCUCUGCACCAACUUCUCGAGGCGUCUCCAUCCAUCCAGUAUCUUUCGCUGGAUAUUCGUUCCACUCGUGCUGGCUCUGAGCGCAUCAGGCCUUUGUGGAAACUGCGAGAGUUGCGAAUUCUCUGCCUUCCUUCUGUGGCCCCCGAUAUACUUUCGUGGAUUUUACCCACUUCGGAAUCAAGGAAUUCGUUGGAGGUUCUGCAUGUUAACGAAACAGCUGCAUCGCAGAUUGUCUCAUCAACCACUUGUCCGAACCUUCGUAGCCUUCACGUUCGGAGCAUCAGUCCUGCGGACCUCACGUUCUUCCCCAAGCUUGAAGAACUCGCUCUCCACACCCUGCGCCCUUCUGGGGCUGUUCUUUCGGCUCUGCCACACACUGUCCGGCAUCUGCUAAUUCCCUCCGUAGUGAAGGGCAUACAUGACGUCUUGCAAGGUAUCGCUGCAUAUCAAGUGGCUUCAAACGGGGCAUUAGUGACGUUAACGUAUACGCGUACGUCAACUUCUGGCCAUGCUAUGGGAGAAAGCGACGUACGCGCAUUGCAACAAUUAUGCACCCCAUACGACAUCGAGUUCAGGUUCAUGGAUCCUCCGUAUGGGACGAUACGUGGUGAAGUUGAGCCAUUAGGGAAUAUCGGACACUUUCCCCGUCCUAUUCCAAUAUCGAGUCGACGCAAAGUCCUCUCGACGAUUCAGAUGGAUACACCUAGUAUCGUAUCGCCGAGAAAGAACGCCGUACGUCGGCUAGCUUCGUAUACCAGAGACAGGACAGCUAUGAUCAGACGUGGGAUGGCCCAGUCAAUCAGUGAUUAGGUCGAAUUUCGAUCUUGAAGAUGUAACUAUUGGAGAACUGCAUGCCGAGCUGCGAUGAAUACUGUGUCUACAUCUAUUUUCAGACACCCUGGAUUCCGAGCUCUUCUGCAAUCAUCACAGCCGCCUUCUCUCCAAUAACCAAAGCUGUGGAGUACGUAUUCUGCGAGAUAGCAUAUAUGCAGUGCGAUGGACACAUCUGUGAACCAUUAUCUCGACUCUCCCCGUAAGGCCGGAAGAAGUUCUUACCAGCGACCUUGAGGUUUGUCACACCAUACACAUUCAAGCGACUGUCGACAACGCCGCCUUGUACGCGAGGUUUCAUUGCACAAGUUCCGAGCUGUACUGAAGUCAGUACCAAUCAUCCAUCGUCAGGUGUCCGGACGACGCAUACCGAAUGCCACGUUGUACUCACUACGAAAUCUACAACAUCAGAGAACGACAUAAAAUUGGAAUUUAAUUACUUACGCUGUUGUUGUAGAUAUCUCUCGAUGGCUCUGUCGUCUUCUUCGGUGUAAGCAAUGUCUGGAGCAUCGAUAGCAACAGGCAUAAUAUCCGCCUUACACGCAGCCGCGCUGCCCUCAGGGAACGAAGGGUGGUAUGGAGCAUACUCUCCUCGAAAGCACUUCAUGCGGCGAGCGAGCUCUCUAGUCUUUUUGUAACCCCACCUGAAGACUUCUACAUCUUCCCGUCUACAAGUAGUUAGUAGACAGCGACACCACGCAUGACAAUAAACUAAUCAUACUUCGCGAGAUAGUCUGGUUGGAAAUCCAGGGGAGCGAAUAUGUCGUGGGCAGAUGUGAUAUGGACGUGACCCCUAGCGGAAGGAUGCUGGAGGUAGGAAAGUAUGUUGAAGAACUUCCGAUGUGGUGCCGUUGCGUAGUCCCCAACCAACCUGAGGACGAGUGUCAUGACCAUUGCAACAAACGAAGACGAGAAAGUAGUACAUUGCCAUCGGGCCCAGCCAAAGGAUGGGCUUGUCAGGAGCGUCGACAAAGAACUCCUUCCAUUUCCUCGCAAAAGCUGGUCCUAUCGUUAACACCUCCUCCUCAGUUGGGCGAAUCUUUAUGCCCGCAUCAAUACCGCUGUUACAAUUAGCAUCGAC